AUGUUGAAAAAGCCUUGGUAUCAACGAUGGUCUAAUAUUCAGGACGAGAGAGGAUUUGCAGAGAAGGAGAAGAAUGUAGUAAGUCAGCUGGGACACUGUGUGAAUGUCACACAGUCACUGUGUUGUGUGGCAGUACCAGCAGGACCUUGCACAGAGGCUGUGUUCCGGCUGUUGUCUCGCUCUUACACUGUACUCACAGCCCUCACCAAGUACUUCACCUCCAAGUGUUCUCCGCAGUGUGUAGACUAUCAGCAUGCCAGGUUUGGCAAACUGGUGAAGCUGGCUGGUUUCCCAUCUCUCCAGCCAAGUGGCAGAUCUAAUUCUUUUAUGUCGAGGCAAGAACUGGGAAAAGACACUAAAGACAAGAAAGUGAAGGAGGCUCAGGUACUGAGUCAGGCCCGCAAACAAGCUAUUUACAUCCCUCGGUUGGUAUCUGACCUGGAGAACUUCUCCAAGGCUGUCACUCUACUCAGUAAGAAGUGCAAGGUGAGUCACUGA